AUGGAACCUUUGGCCCAUGGUACUCGACGGGCUGCAGUCCCUGUGAACCCUGAAAUAUAUGACACUGCCGAUCGCCGUCCCAUCCCUGUUCAGGAUAGCACUUCUUCGUCCUAUAAAUCGGGACCACUGCAUCGUGCCCAUCGGUAUUCGAGCACUCCACCGCAAUCUGAGGACGGCGACAGCGCAGGGACUGAUAUUCACUCCGAUACAGAAUCUGGCGAGCAGGGAGCGGGGUCAUGUUCCUCGCCCAUGGACGAUUCUGCUUCCGAGGAUGGCAGCUCUGACGGAUGGUCAAGCCCAGCGGAUGAUCGCCUUGUCGGCAGGAUAGGGGAGGGGGCGGAUGGCAUGGAUCACGUCCGUCGCGGACGCCGCUCUGAACGUGAUGAUCCCCGCCGGUCCCUGUCGUUACGCAGCGCCAGUCCAAAGAUACCCAAGCCACCUGGAGAGCCUGGACGUCCUUCUAGCGGUGGAUACAGCCUCGAAGAAGUUCUGCAGUGGGGUCCUCAGCGAUAUCGCGAAGUUCGGAGUGAGGCUCGUGUGGCAGUCUAUGAGGAGGAGGCAUUUAGGCUCUUCCCAAUCAUGGAGGAUUAUGAGGACCGCUGGCCCAUUCGUGCGUUUGCGACACAGCGUCUCCACUACCUACAGAAUAACGCAAGGCGCAUCGAACGCAACCGACAACUGGACGCCCUACAGAGCCCACGGGGUCGCACCGUCAACCGCUGA